GCCUUAUUUAGCAAAACUUUUUUUCGAUCUUCACAAAAUCAUCACAAAGACAUCAUGUCCACUGAAAGAGCAGAAGGAUCGUUUAGGAAUACUAAUAUUCCCGGAAAUGAUCAACGGCAGCAGCCACUGAGCCGAUACGAGUCCCAGAAAAGAAGGGACUGGAACUCUUUUGGACUGUACUUGAAGAACCAGAGGCCCCAGGUUCCUCUUUCGCAGUGUAACUACAACCAUGUCCUGGACUUCCUUCGUUCCCUUGAUCAGUUUGGGAAGACUAAAGUUCAUCUCCAGGGCUGCAUGUUCUAUGGUCUGCCAGAGCCGCCUGCCCCUUGCACCUGCCCUCUCCGGCAGGCGUGGGGCAGCCUUGAUUCUCUCAUCGGGAGGCUUCGAGCUGCGUACGAAGAGAAUGGAGGAUCGCCAGCGACUAAUCCUUUCGCCAAUGGGGCAAUCCGUGUUUAUCUCAGAGAGGUAAGGGAGUGUCAAGCUAAGGCAAGAGGUAUUCCUUACAAGAAGAACAACAAGAAGUCAAAUCAAAGCAAGGGAAGUGAUGAAUCAGCUGGCUCCAGCUCCGCCAUGCACUUCUCUUGACUAUGGUAAUCUUAUUAGUAAUUACUUUAUAUAAAUCAAUUAAUUUUUAAUUU